AUGGGACAAAAUGUGCCCUUUUCGAAACAAAUGCGUCUAGCCACGAGAGACAUUCACAGUGUAAGUGACGCACUUGUUAACGCAAAGUUAGCAUUCGCCCUUUACGAUAAUCGUGUUUGGGCGGAAGGAUUGCUCAUCUUCUACGACGUCUUUAAACAUCUUGAACAACGCGUACCGCAUGAUUUUCUACCUCCAGAACUACACCGGACGGCACAGUUCGAACAAGAUUUACGCUUCUAUCUCGGCGACGGAUGGUUCGAACGGCACACCCCAAAGCCUGAAGUGCGUGCCUAUUUGAAACACUUGCACGAAAUCGAACAGGAAAAUGCAAACCUGCUGCUGGCGUACGUGUACCAUCUCUACAUGGGUCUUCUGUCUGGUGGACAAAUAUUACAAAAGCGCCGCUCGUUGGGACGUCGGUUUAAUCCAUUUCGACGGGCAGAUGAACGUUCGAUUGAUGGUGCGGCUCUUACCACGUUCGAGGAUAGCAGUAUUUACGAGUUGAAGCAACGCUUACGCAAAAUUGUAGACGAGUUUGGUGCCCGGUUGGACGAGGAAACGCAUCAGCGAAUGUUGGACGAAAGUCGGAAAGUGUUCGAGCUGAACAACACCAUCAUCCGGACAGUGGAGGGCGUCGGUUCAGCAAACGUGCGUAUCGUUGCGUACGUUGCUAUGGCAAUCGCUGGCAUCGUGUUGAUGCAGUACAUUCUACGAAACAAUGCUCACAGUAGACAAGACCAAUAG